CUGCUGCAGGCUAGCAUGGCCCUGCUGCUGUUGCUGGUGACAGUCGCGGGCGCAGCGAGCCUGGGAGAAGUGACGAGGAAGGAUUCCGGAGACGUGUUCACUAUACUUGAUGGUGAAUGUAGUGCUGCAAAAUGCGCGGAACACGGAGCUGGAAAAAGCGUAGAAGACGUAGGAUGCUCAUGCGCAUGUCCUCAAAGAGCUCCUCUAUUCAGAGAGGAUAGGGAAUUGUGUGUUGAUGAUCUACCAGAAUGUUCCCUCGCAACUUUCGGCACUGGUCUCGGCACACAGAGGAUACCCUUCGUCUAUCUCCCAUUAAAAGGUCAAAUAAUCCAUCCAUCACGAGAAAUUACUUUUCAAAAUGUCAAGACUCCAAUCUGCGCAGUUUCGGGAGCUCAGUUUUUAACACGAAAAGGAUUCCUCGAUCUUAGGAACACACUCGACGCUGAUGUACCGUUUAAUUUAUUCCGUGAUGAAGGGAGAACAUUUCUUCAGUGGAGUGGUGAGGACGAAGUGCGCAAGCGCAUGUCAGGUCGCAUGAUGGUGGUUAGGCUGCUGUGUCGUGAUAUAUCUGCCGCAGCCUCCUCUCCGCUCGACCUUCGUGGAGUAUUCACGCCGUGCGUAGCCUUCAGAGUCCAGGGGACGCCGCCCCGACAUUCUAAUAACAUAACCGAAGUUCAGUUCGCAUCGAACGCACAGACAUCCGAAGCGUCAACAGCGACAGGUUUAACUGUAUCAGAAUACAUCGCCAUUGGUAUCAGUUCCUUGCUUUUAGGUUUAAUUUAUGUAGCAUCUGUAUUUUUGUAUCUACACAUUAAAAAGAAAAGGAAUGCGACGGCUAAAGAAAACGGCUUACGAAAACUUAAAGGAUUGAAGAAGGAUGGAUUGACUAUAACCGAAAGGGAUAUAAUAAGGAUAAACAAUGAACGAAUACAAUCUUUACCAAAUGUUAUGGGACAAGAUGAUGGUGUUGUCAAAAAAAAUCCACUAUUGAGUGUAUCACGGCAAUUUGAUAACAAAACGUUUCCAAGCGAUCUUUCUGAUUCAGAUGAUUUUGCGGAUAAUUUGCGAAAGGAUGAUGGUUCCUGUCAUAAUCAAAUAACAUCAGCAGUAAUACACAGGCAUAUAGACCUGAAAUGUGAUAAUAUAGAUCAUCAUAGAGAAGAGAGUAUUGAGAGAUUACCGGACGAACAUGUCAGUAUUGUAGAAACUAUAGAUGACAGAGAAAUAACACGACCAGUUGGAACCACACGUAGAAAACUUUACUUCAACCCAGCUUACUUUGAACCACAAUUAAUGGCUGAUCCCCCGCCUGCAGCUAUUGAGUUUCUUUCAAAAAUUCGAGAAGUAAUAUCAAUCGCUAAACAAAAGAUGGCAGCAAAACGUUUUCAUCCAGUGCUGAACGAAAUACCAGAAGAAGAAACAUAUCCUUCUAACGCAAACAGUAUAGAUAUGUACCACGGCGUUGGAAGCCAACGAAGUGGUAGUCUUGUUAGUUUGAAAAGAGAAAAUAGCAGAAAAAGAUCAGCUAAUUGUAUGGGUUGCCCGGGAUGUAAAACCAAUUUAAGCAAUGAUAUUCAAAAUCUCGUUAAACAAAACGUAACAAAAUCAUGCACCAAUUGCUUCAAUGAGAAAGGAGAGAAACAAAACAGUAUUCGAAAGUGGCUUGAAAACAUCCCAAAUGUUAAAAACUCACUUUUCUUUAAUGAUACUGAGACUCAAAACAAUUUAACGCAUUCAUUACAUGCUUUACCUAGUGAGGAGAGCCAGUGUAAAUUACAAAAGCAAAAUAGUUUCUCUCAUGCAACGCAUUCAACAGACAACCUAACGUCAUACAGAACCACAUCCCGUUCUGUUAGAUCUGAGCCAUCAUUAAGAAACUAUAAUAUACCUUUACCUGAAUUUAAUACAGAAGCCACUGAAAAUAAUAACUACCUAACUAUGUCUCGAAUAAAUGAGUUAAAAAAUAUAGAAUUCACCGAAAGAGAGUUAGAAAUACAGAACGAAAGAGAAGUCUCGAGACAAAACAUGAAGACAUUGAAAAAUAAAAGUGCUUUACCCGACAUGGUCAACGAGGCUAUAGCGCUUGAUCAUUUUUCAAAAUCUCUAUAUAAUGCCAGCAGUUCAGAUGAGGAGAGAUGUUCUAGGAAUGCACCAGAAAAAAGCAAUUCUGAUAGUCCUUCUGGGAAUGAAUACGAAACUGAUAGUCUUGAGAGGUCAUCUCAUAAAAGGAAUAAAACAACGACUCUAGAUUAUCCUGAAGUACCCUCAUCUCAAGCUUCUCCAAGUUUGAGUACUGCUCUGCCGUUAGAAGAAGAACUAACAAUGAGAAACGCUGUUUAUAAAACGUCUUCUAGUGGUAAUAGUAAUACUCCGUCGCCCGAAGCACAUAUUGACGUAGAAGAGAAUCACUAUGAGACUAUAGACGUUAAGAAAACUGAUAAUAUCGAAGACAUUACGAUUAAGCCUAAUAAUAAUUAUAGUUUAGUAAGCGAAGUAUACGUUAAUAAUAACUACAAUUUUGGUAGUGCCCCUACUUCACCUAGUGGUUCGGAAUCUUCGAUGGGUAAUAGAAAAUUGAUUCAGUUUAACAAUUCUGUAGCAAAACCUGGAUGUCUAACCAUAGAAUUAAAAGAUCCCCCUGAAAAUUAUAUCAAAAUUCACGAGUCUGAUGGCUUUGAACCAGACACUUUGGAUCGUAAGCAUCUGAAACAUAAAGAAAGUGUAGAGAGUAUUCAAUUAGGUCGACAAGAAAACUAUGACAAUUCCGAACAAAACGACAAAAAAAUUAAACUGAUAAGCAACGAAACAUUCUGUAAAAAUAACGGACAAAAAGAGAAUAGUAACAAAUUUAAUAGUUUAAGAAAUGACAACGAGCAUUGUUUUGAUCGCACUAAGUUAUCGCCUAAUGUGUACAGUGGUUCAAAAUCUCUUGAAACUGCAACUGAUGAAACGUGGGAUGAUAACGCAGGUUGGAGUUCUGAGGAAGGCAGAAUAUUAACUUUAGAGCUUAGACACUCGAAGCGUCAGCGACAAUCCACGCCACCAUCUAUAAAGCAAAUGAAAAAUUUGGCUCGACCUGAUAUUUUGCCUCCUCUACCGCCAACUGAGGAGACUCCUAUAUACGAAAAGCCAAUAAUUCCUCCAAAGAGAGUUCCAUACGGAAGCCCCGUAUCACAAACCAUCAAUGAGAAACGACAUUUAUUUCCGCGUAAUUCAAUAUCUUGUAGCUCAUUAAAAAUUGCAGGAACCGAUGAGAGCAUAAAAUUGUGCGAAAAUGAUCAAAGACCAGGAAGUGGUCGUAAUUGUAGGAGAGCAUCAAGCAGUUGUAGCAGCGUUGUAAAUACAAACACAUUCAUUAAAGGACAAAAAGUUGAGAGUAAUAGAACAAAAUUACGUCGCAGAAAAGGUUCCAACAUAGAAGACUCCGGAUAUCUCAGCAGUGAUUCAACAUGUUCAAAGCAGAUUCAAAGGAAAAUAGUAAUUGCGAAAAUUGACAGUUGUAGUGACAGUGACGAAACAGAAGACGAAGCUAGAAGUGAAUCAGGUGCAGAAAGUGUUGAAACACAUUCCGUAUAUUUUGGUAAUUGUCCUAGAUUACGUAAAAAUGAGGAGAGCAUCAAAAACACAAUUAAAACCACAAGGGACAGUAAACGCAAAGUUAUAGUUAAUAAUGAUGUAAAUAAUGAAUGA